AUGUUGUUUCUCCUCAACUCUGCCCUGGUCAUGUUGCUUCUCCUCGACUUACAUCUACAGUGUGUUGCUUCUCCUCGACUUACAUCUACAGUAUGUUGCUUCUCCUCGACUUACAUCUACAGUAUGUUGCUUCUCCUCAACUCUGCCCUGGUCGUGUUGCUUCUCCUCAACUCCGCCCUGGUCAUGUUGCUUCUCCUCAACUCCGCCCUGGUCGUGUUGCUUCUCCUCAACUCUGCCCUGGUCAUGUUGCUUCUCCUCAACUCCGCCCUGGUCAUGUUGCUUCUCCUCAACUCCCUGUCCUGGUCAUGUUGCUUCUCCUCAACUCUGCCCUGGUCAUGUUGCUUCUCCUCAACUCCGCCCUGGUCAUGUUGCUUCUCCUCAACUCUGCCCUGGUCAUGUUGCUUCUCCUCAACUCUGCCCUGGUCAUGUUGCUUCUCCUCAACUCUACCCUGGUCAUGUCGCUUCUCCUCGACUUACAUCUACAGUGUGUUGCUUCUCCUCAACUCUGACCUGGUCAUGUUGCUUCUCCUCAACUCUGACCUGGUCAUGUUGCUUCUCCUCAACUCUGACCUGGUCAUGUUGCUUCUCCUCAACUCUGACCUGGUCAUGUUGCUUCUCCUCAACUCUGACCUGGUCAUGUUGCUUCUCCUCAACUCUGCCCUGGUCAUGUUGCUUCUCCUCAACUCUGACCUGGUCAUGUUGCUUCUCCUCAACUCUGCCCUGGUCAUGUUGCUUCUCCUCAACUCUGACCUGGUCAUGUUGCUUCUCCUCAACUCUGCCCUGGUCAUGUUGCUUCUCCUCAACUCCGCCCUGGUCAUGUUGCUUCUCCUCAACUCUGCCCUGGUCAUGUUGCUGCCCUAUCACAACCACAGACAGCUGUUUGGUAUUUGCCAAAAUGUAGUUUUGAAGUCAUUAGAACAACAUGUCCAAACCAGACUUAUAAUCACUCGUUCCAGUCGAGGUGUGGAGGGUCUUGGAACGUAUUGGGAAUCAAUACGGUAUCAAGUGGUAUUACAAGGUGAUAUUUACUUUAUUGACAAUGAGUUUGGUCCCGUUGACAACCUCGUUCACCAUCCCAACGGGAUCUUUUUGUUGCCCUAUGAUGUAUUGGUGGUGAUGAUGAUGAUGAUGAUGAUGAUGGUGAUCUUUAGUUUUUAA